AUGGAAAGCUAUUUUCCUCCAAUAGAACUUGGACAUUCAUCUACGUCUCUAAGUGCAUCAGUUCAUCCUGAUGCUGGGAACCCUAAUCCUGCUGAUCUAAGAGCUUAUGACAGUAGUGCAACUAGUCAGUCAAAUUGUAGAAGAUCUAUUGAGGAUGCCAAGACAGAUUCUGGACAAUCAUUAGCUUCUGUCAAUGUCAUGUCAGUUAGCUCUUCUGAAUCUGAUUCAGGGCCUGAAUCGGGAUCUGAUGAUUGUGAUAAUGCAAGUAAGUUGAAUUGCCAUAAACCUGUGAGAGAGUCCAAAAAGAGACACUGUUUUUAUGUACCUCCCGGUGGAAGUAGGUUUGAUCGAACAUCUUCAGGAGCUUAUGGAGCUAAGAAGCAAAAGUUGGAUAUUGUGAGGCAGAGAAGCAAACAUUCCAAAUCAUGUGGCUGUAAAGAAGAAGAAACUGUAAAUAUAGAUGAGCCAAUAUUAUUUAUGAUCUUACAAUUAUCUCAUUUCUACAUUAGAAUGUUCAACUCUCCUUUUGCAAGAAAUAAUGUUUUCUCAGUACUGUUGGACUACAUAAGUUCUGUAUCAGUUCCACAUGAAAGGGCAAGCCUCAUUUUAGCAGCAAUUCUAAAAAAUGAACUGAAUUUCAAAACUCUGAUAGUUAAUGGAUUCAUAGAAGAACUGGAUGAAAAGAUGCAUGUUUUACAUGAUUUACGUUGUUGUUAUCGCUGUUAUAACCUUCAAAAAAUUCACCAACAGAUUAUUGAAAGUUGUAGAUUCCUUGUCGAAAAGGAUUUUAUUCGGCAAACUUUAUAUGGUUUGUUAAGAUCAAAUGAAUGUGAUAUUAAACUUCAUGCAAUGUACGCAAUAUCGAGGCUUGUUAUCGAUAAAUAUGCGCUUUUGGAUAUUCUUUAUACUAAGAAUGCAAUUCAAGUUAUAUUUAGUUCCUUAUGUAGUGAAUCCAAAACUGAGCAGGAAAAGGCUUUAGUUUGCAUCUGUGAAAUUUAUAAAAAUACCAGUUCAGAAAAGAAAAGAAGGAUUGCAGAAUUUCAUCCAAAUAAAAGCAAGAUUCCUGUAUUUUGCCAGGCAAAAAAAAAUCCUACAUGUUCCUUUGAAGGUGAUUAUGAGCUUGAUGUUGAGUUUUUGCUAGACUGUGGAACUAAAGUAUUGGCAUGUCGGGGGAAAAUGUCUGAACAGUCAGAUUAUUUCAGAGCUUUAUUGAGUGGAUAUUUUUCAGAAGGGAAAUCUAAAUUAAUACAACUUCCUAACAUAACUAAGAAUGCCCUAUCCGUAAUCUUACACUUCCUUCAUGGCUGUGGAGAUCAAGGAUAUUGUCCUUAUUUUGACAAAAUUCCAAUGAAGCUAUUGCUUGAGUUACUUGCCAAAUCUGAAGAAUUUUUGCUGUUCUCUUUGAAGACCAGAGUUGAAAAGAAUCUUGCUUCUUAUUUAUCUCAUAAAACUGUAGUAAAUAUUUACAGAUCAGGUAAACUCCACAAUUCCUCAAAUCUAUGUGAUAAAACUAUAGAUUACUUGUUGACUCUUGAUACUUUAAACAAGAAAGCAUUUCCCAAGCCUUUUAAUGAACUUAUGUGUCAGGAGUUCAUCAAUGAUUUGAAAAGUUUUGUUAACGAUCACUUGAAAGUACCAGUACCUUCUGUCGAAACCAAAUCCGAAAAGAUUUUCUUGAAGUACAUUUAAAGUUUUUUUAAAGCAAAUUAAAAGCUUGAAAGUUGUAAAAUGAUUGUGAAGCUAAAUUCCUCUUCCUCCUCCCAACUUUUCUUUUCAUUUAUCUUCUUUUAUUUGUAAUGUGUCAAAAUAAGCUUCUUGUGGAUUUCCCAGAAAGUACUAUUACAAGCCUAGUAUUGUAAUGAAAGAAGGGACAACUUAAGCUUUACUGCCAGGUCCCAUGAAUAAAAACUGUUAAAAUUGCUGUAAAAGAAUGACUAAAAAGUAUUCUAAUGUGCCACUCUUAUAAUCAAGGUUUAACGUUACUUUAACAUAUUUUCAAUAUCUACAGUUAUAAGCCCUCACAGAAGACGCUUCUGAUGCCUGAACUUUUUAUAAUCUUCUCUUUAAUGAUCUGAUUUUAUUCCUUCUUCAAGAAUUUAUGCAAUUGUUCAUGAAUUUCUUAAUUUAAUUGAUUGAAGAUGGCCUGUUACAGUCUAGCUUACUUGUAAAGCUUCUUGCAGACUUUUUUAAUUUGUUGUCUAUUCCUUGGAUAUCUAAUAGUAAAUAUCUUCUGGGAAUUGAACUAAUGUUUUUCAAAAGAGGUUUUUUUUUUUUUUUCUUUUUUUGCCUUUGAAUAUGCAUGUGAUUGUUAUUCAGUUUCAUAAAAAAAUAUCAAACAUCUUAAUAAGGUAUUAUUUGAGUUUAAAACAACCGUUAUACCUUUUAAUAGGAUGUUUUAAUGGAAUUUGUUGGUGAUACGUAUUUUGUGCUGUGAACUGAUUUUUCUUCAAUUCAUGGAAACAGAAGAAUUUAAAAUUACAUACACAAGUUUUACUAUUGAGUCAUAGCAGUAUGUAUUCAUAUUGACUGCAAAAAUGAACUCCCGCUCUCAUGAAAUCUGAGCAGCGUAGACUUUUUAACAUGUUUCAAGUAAUGUCUGAAAGUUAUUUUGAAAUGUAUUUUCAUAAAUUGUGAGUAUAAUGUCAUUUUUAAGAAUUUGACACAUAUUUUAUCUUUCCCAUUCUUUAUGUCUUUAUUUCAUUUUAUUUGCUUAUUUUUUGCUACAUGUGCAUUAUAGAUGCACAUAUAUAUACACAACACUUGGAAAAGUUGUUAAAAGCAUAUUGCAGGGGAAAAAAAUGAAUACUGGCUAUACGUUAACUAACAAACAAUUGCAGCUUUUUCAAGAUACAUUUCACAAAAAGUCGGAAGCCCAUUAAGUCAGAAAGUGACAAGCAUUUAUGUAUAGUUUGAGUUUGAUUAAAAAGAGUGCUUAUGUGGUACUGGAAUGCAGAAUUAUGUUCUGCUUGUUUAAUGUGUUGUGUGUAAAGAAGUUCAUAUUCCCAUUUGUUUUGUUUAUUCCAAACCAGCUCCAUAUCAUCAACACAGCUGUAUGUUUGUAGAAUCGGGGAAUUGCAAUAUUUUUCUAAGUUUUGUAUCUGCUGUUCCAGUUUUCAAUUUUUUUUCUUUGAUCAUCAAUGAGUAGUAGAUAUUUAAAACCUUUUGCAUAUUAAAAAAAAAUUAAUAACAAUUAUAAUGUUUUUGAUGUUGUGCAUUAAAAUUACUAUUUUUCAUUAUUAAUAUAGCUAUUUUUCUAUUUACUAUGCAUAUUAAGAACAAUAAGUGUAAUGAAAUUUUUAGUGCUAAGCAUUAAUUUUUAAAUUUCAACCAUUCAUCAUUUGGAAAGUGAUCGGAACUGCAAAGCAGAAUCCACAACAAUAAUAAAGAUAUAUGCUUCAUUUGUUGUUUGUUCAUACUUACAUAAAGUUAUUAUUUUUCCCUGCAUGAUUAGAUUAUUGAGAAUCCCAUUGCCGAAUUAGGUUUUAACUACUUAACUAAAAAUAUUUACUUUUAAUUGAAAUAAAUCAAAGAUUUUCUAGUAGUUUUAUAAUAGUCAAAAUUGUGUAGUGCUAAAAGAAGCUAACUAAUGAUGCUGUUUAUCUAAAUGUUGAAAAAUGUUUUAUAAUGCAAAAGCUAUUCGAUUGUAUUUUCAUUAUUAUUCCAUUAUAUUUUCAUAUACAAGCUUUAUUAUGCGCAUUUGUGAUUGUUUUACAUCAUUUUCUUAAGUUUUUUACCAUUUGGAAUUCUUUAUCUUUUUGUAUAUGUUGAAUAAAAUGUUAUCUUGUUGUUCAA